UUCUGAAUAUAAUAUAUACAUAUACAUAUAAUGUUUAUAUAUAUAAAUUCAUAGCAUGUGGGUGUAUUGAAAGACUUACUUUUUGGUUAUUUCUAUUGAUAGAAUUGAAAGGGAAAAUAAAUGGACCCUGAAGUGAAGCUCCAGGAAUCUGUUGAUUAUGGUUGCGCACAUUAUAAAAGGAGAUGUUUGAUCAAGGCGCCGUGUUGUAAUGAAGUUUUCGGUUGUCGUCAUUGCCAUAAUGAAGCAAAGAAUUCUAUUGACAUAGUUAACCCUCUUCUGCGGCAUGAUGUUCCUCGGCAUGAAGUUAAAAAGGUGGUUAAUGUGUUUUGUGUUUUCACUUUAUGUGAUCAUGUACUAAUUAUAAUCCAUGUUCCUAGUUUGGUUUCUUACCCUAACUGUUGUUGGUUCCGUUUUACGUCACAGGUCAUUUGUUCUCUUUGUAACACGGAACAAGAUGUUCAACAACAUUGUAUCAAUUGUGGCAUAUGUAUGGGAAAUUACUUCUGUCAAAAAUGCAAAUUCUACGAUGAUGACGUAUCAAAGAAACAAUAUCAUUGUGAUCAAUGUGGCAUAUGCAGAACGGGAGGCAAAGAGAAUUUCUUUCAUUGUGAGAAAUGUGGAUGUUGCUAUUCAAAAGAGAUUAAAGAUUCACACUUCUGUAUGGAAAGGGCAAUGCACCAUGAUUGUCCCAUUUGCUACGAGUUUUUGUUUGAUACGUUGAAGGAUCUCACUAUCUUACCAUGUGGCCAUGCAAUGCAUUUGGAUUGCCGGGCAGAGAUGGAAAAACAUAAUAGGUUUUCUUGCCCUGUUUGCUCGAAAUCGAUACGUGAUUUGUCGGAUAUGUGGGAAAAGCUUGAUCUUGAGGUUGGAGCAACUCCUAUGCCUGAAAACUAUCAUAACAAAAUGGUGUGGAUUUUAUGCAAUGAUUGUGAGAAGAUAUCAAAUGUCCAGUUUCACAUAGUGGGGCAAAAAUGUCUAGAAUGCAACUCGUAUAACACAAGACAAAUAAGAGAAGGCCCUUUUACUGAGGAUGUUGUUCAUUAGACACACAUCUUGCUGCUGCGAUGGCGGCUAAUAUUGAAAAACUCGAAGUAUAUACGGGCACAAGGAAAUCAUACCAUUUAGCAAAGACGAAAGGUGAAAUAUCUUUAUGACCUGAUCAAUUGUUUCUAGUCUUAUAUGGCAUGAAACCAUAUGUGUUGUUGUCCUUCAUGGUCAUGUUUGUUAGCUGGAAGCAUAUUAGUUAAUGACAUGAGAAUGUCGUUUGGAGUAACCUCAUUAAGUAGCUCUAUUAGAGAUACCAAAUAGUAAAUAGUAAGAAAAAGUUUAUUUCAAUAUUGUGGGCAAACAGAAACCGUUGUUUAUCAUAUGAUGUCAAAAACAUGUUGAAGGUAGAGUAUACAACUAAGAUAUUCGAGUUCUUCAUAUGAAAUGAACUAGUUGAAGUACCAUGA